CAUUAGGACUUUGGGCUCAUUCCUGACGGCGUUCCCGCCCUGAACUGCACCGACGAUGGAGGCUGCUCUGUUUUAGGGUCAUUUGUGGGCUGCAGCAGCACCCGUUUUGAUAAAGCAUGUGUGAGCUGAACUGAAAGUGUUUUGGGGGACACAAGGAGUGAGCAGUGGAUGAGGAUGAGCGGAGUGAAAGUUCAGGACAGCAUCACGAUGGAACACCUGUCACAGAGCGAGGCUGACAGCGGCCCCAAAGACUUGAAUGUGGUGGCCAUGCUCCAUCAUUUCUGGGAGCAAAAGCAGAUGAGCCAGUUGAAUGGAUCGGCCAGCGAAUCCAAUGGGCCUGUGCGGGAUAAAGCCAGCCAAUCAGAGAGCUUGCUGCUGUAUGAGUCUUCCCCUUCCCCUGGUCCCCCGUAUGUCUGCUAUGUCACUUUACCUGGAGGAAGCUGCUUUGGAAACUAUAAGGUGUGUGAGACUCAGGCAGAGGCCCGAAGAGAUGCAGCUCGUGUGGCUCUGAUGAACUCGCUGGUGAAUGAGCUGCCAUCACGACGCAUCAGCCCUGAUUUUAUCACUCAGAGCCUGCAGCAGGCAGCUACAGACAGCGCUGUCUCAUUAGAGGAUGCAUGUGACACGAGCACCAGUAUAGGAACCUAUAGUCUGCUGCUCCACUCCUACCAAGGACACACCAUGCUGGAGUUCCAGGAGAUGAUGACAGUGUUCCAGUUGUUGCACUGGAACGGGACAUUGAAGGCUCUGAGGGAAAGGCAGUGCUCUCGACAGAGUGUGAUUGCCUAUUAUUCUCAGCGUGGGCUUGAUGAGUACAUGCGCAGCAGCAUGGCUCUGGACUGGCUGGGACGGGAACAGAGGUCACCGGGCCGAGUGGGCGAGGAGCUGCAGGUGGCUCAGAGGGAGCUGGUGUUGGCCCGGCGUCGAGGCACAGAGCUCCGCUUCUACAAGGAGAAAACAGAGAUCCUCAGCUUGGCACUGAGUCAAGUGUACAUACACCAAACACAUGAGCCCCUGUGCCAAACACCGAGUCACACAUACAAGCAGGAGCAGCAUCCUUUACAGGAAAUACACAGCCAGGAUACACUAGCCCAUAAAACCCCACCCUGCAGCCGGUCACCAACCCCCCAUAAAAACACUAAGCAAAGAGUCUGCCUAACCUCUGGCAAACAAAACCAACCGCCCUCCAAGAGUCUUACACCCAGCCCGCAGCAAACCCACGUGCCUUUGACCAGCCCUGAGUAA